AUGGAAAAACCUGUGUUCAUUAGAGAAUGGAGUCCUGAGCUUGAAAUGAAAGAAGACCUAUUGCGUAUCUUGCCAUUGUGGGUGACUUUUCCAAACCUUCCCCUGCGUCUGUGGGGAGAGAAAAGCCUGUCCAAGAUUACAAGUGCAAUUGGAAAACCGAUCACAAUGGACAAAUGUACUGCAAAGAAGUUACGUAUAUCGUACGCUCGAAUCUUAAUAGAGGUGGAUAUCAUACAGAAACCAAAAGAGACCAUCAAUGUCAAGGACCAAAAAGGGAAAUUGUUGGAGCAAUGA